AUGGCAGCCUUACAGUGCCUAAAGGGGCUGUGCAAGAAAGCCAGAGAGAAGGCCUUCUUACAAGGAUGUGCAGUGAUAGGACAUGGGAAAAUGGCUUCAAACUGUAGGAGGCUCCACAAUGAGGAUGACCCCCCAGAGUCUUCAGCAGCUGAGCAGCCCUCGACGUCUGCAGAGACUCCGCAGCCUCCGCAGACAGCAGCCUUACCUGAGGCAGAUACUUCCCCUCCUCCUUACUGUAGCAUAGCUGUGGAAGCAGCUGCAACCUCAGACUCACACAAUGAGUUUUAUCCUGUACCACCUCCAUACAGUGUAGCUACCUCUCUUCCUACAUACGAUGAAGCAGAGAAGGCCAAAGCUGCAGCCAUGGCAGCUGCUGCAGCUGAAGUUGCCCAGCGACACGCCCAGUUUAGGGAAUCUAGGAGUCUGUUUGAUGAAAUAUUCCUCAGUCGUCCAGAGGAAGAAGAGUAUCCACCACGGGAUGAUUUCAGUGAUGCAGAUCAGCUUAGAGUGGGCAAUGAUGGCAUCUUCAUGUUGGCAUUUUUCAUGGCGUUUAUUUUCAACUGGAUUGGAUUUUGUUUAUCCUUCUGUAUAACAAAUACCAUAGCUGGAAGGUAUGGUGCAAUCUGUGGAUUUGGUCUCUCCCUGAUCAAAUGGAUUCUCAUUGUACGGUUUUCAGAUUAUUUUACUGGAUAUUUCAAUGGACAGUACUGGCUUUGGUGGAUAUUUCUUGUACUUGGACUCCUCCUGUUCUUUCGAGGCUUUGUUAAUUAUCUUAAAGUCAGAAAUAUGUCUGAAAGCAUGGCAGCUGCUCACAGAACAAGAUUUUUUUUCUUGUACUGAAGGCUGCUGUUUUGCUUGCAGUUCAGGUUUGCUGGUCACUUAGCAACGCUGCUUCUGGUGAGUCACGGCGAUGAACUGAAGCACAACUUUUUCUUUAUCUCCAGACUGCAUCGAACAGACAUUCCUUUCCUAUGCUGGUGUGAAACUUCCAGACGAUCUGUAACCCUCCAAGUUAAUAAGAUAGAAGACUACUAAAACCAGAAGACAAAUUAAUGAAAAUAUGGCUUCAAAAAUGAAUGACAGGAUGGUUUAUGAUCAAGUACCAGUUCUGGUCAUUCUAGUAAAUAUUUAUAAUUGCUGCCUUUUGUUUUAGCACAUUUGGAUAUGUGCUCGUUAGAAAGAUGGUAUUGAAGUAAAAACAAACUAUCUGUAAGUAUAGAUUAGGUACAGACAGACUCAGUUAAUCUGUGCUUGUUGUAUCUGAAAGAUUUGAGUGGUAUCUUUUUUCACAACUUGUAUGUACCACUGACUUGAUGAUCUGAAUUUCUGAGUACAAUGAAAUGCAUUAAAUGAUUCAGAUUAAGCAGUUCAGAUAGUUUUCUUUUAUAUAAUUUAGAUUCAUCUAAUGAUUGUAUAGAACAUUUUUAAGUUUACUAAACCCCAAAGCUCUUUGUCACAAACUUAGAUUUGCCAAUAUUUCAUUGAAUUCAAACCAGUAUACUGGUUUGUGCUAAAACUGAUACACUUUGAGUCCCCUGUAAAUAACUCUGCAUAAAUGAUUGUUUUAAUUGCUUCUUAGGAAAUAUGUCAAAAUAUAUUUUGUAACAGCAUAUUAUCUAAAUUUUGUUUAAUCUUAGAGCUAUAUACGUAUUUUUUGUUAAUUGGCUAUUAAAAGUUUAGUUAGUAGUAGAUGUAAUUUUGGAGGUUUGCAUUCUUGAGGUCACUAUAAAUACAACAUCCACAUUGAGUGCUUCUCAAAUAAAAAUCAUACAACUACUUUAUAAUGCUUGUUUAGAAUAAAUACUACUUUCAUAAGAACAAACUAGUUUAAAUGCAAGGUAAUUUGGGAAGUAAUCAAUGAAGGAAAAAGAUUUUUUUAAAGCUCUGAAAGUAGAAAACGUGUUUUACCUCGCCCUUAAUUCAUUUAAGGUAUACCAUUUUGUUCUUAUAAAUAUCAUCUCUUUAAGGGGUACUGUCUACAGUUCAUGCACAUGUAGUUUCUUUUAAAGUUUGUGAAAUUUAUGCUUCUUCUUUAAAUAGGAGAAGACAUCUCUCAGUCCUUUGUACAACUGGAAUCUCAGUUGCAAAAAUACAUUGGCUGUCGGUUGCACCUUUGAGGAAAAAAAGUACAAAUAGUUUCCUCCAUUUUUAUUUUUAAUUAGAAUUCUGCUUUUUUACUACUAACAUUAAAACCAGUGAGGUUUAUGUUGUGUUAAGCUAGUGCUGUAUUGAGUUUUGUAUCUAUAAUGAAUGUUUAAAAUAUACAUAUGUAAACAUUUUCAUUUUCCUAAUCUUUCAGAGAUAGCUGAUAGUGACUAAAAUUUUAGGGGCACCUCUACUUCUUAGCUUUUUAUGGAAAGAAGAAAGUUAAGUACUAUGUUCAAUAUCCUAUUGGGAUUUCCUUCUAAACUUCUAUUUGUUUCUGUGUUCUUUUGCAUUCAUUGUCCAGAUGAAAAAGAAGCGAAUAAUAAAGCAUUGCUUUGUUUUGCUAAUUAAGA